UUCGAGUUAACACUCAAAGAAUCAGUUUGUUUACGUUGCUUUCGUAAAAAUAUCAAAGAAAAUCUCCCAGGGUAAUUAAAUCAAAUUCUUGUAGAAAAUAAUAAUCUAUCGUCCCAGUGUCGUAUUUUAAAUGUGAAUACUUGUUGCAUGUAGUAGGAUAUAAAAUGCACCGGAACCAACAAAAUCUGAAUUACUACGGAGCAACGCAAAUCAAAGAAUUCGGAUUAUUCCUCGAGGACUACGAUGUCACAUUGCAGCGGCUUGCAUCCGCAGUCGGUGCUGCGGAUGAUUCAACCGUUCCGACAGUGUCAAUCCAGCUGGAUUCAUCGAAGGAAAAUCUGAGCAGCAUCCAGCUGAUUGACACCGACAAUAAGAUCCUGAACAAAAUCCUCUACUCGUUCAGUGCACUGUGCCAUGAGGUGGACCAACUGAAGGAGGAAUUCGAGCUGAUCGUCCGGGAGUUCCUCUGCUUCGAUGAAUCACUGGACGACAACACGGAACAGCUGCGAGAGGACAGCACCGUAGCUGUGGAUCGGUCUUCGCUGCUGGCCAUCAGCGGAAAGAUUGAACUCCUGACGAGGAUCAAAUGCUACUUUGAGAGAAUCGUGGAAGUUGCCGUUGUGAUUGUCUUGCAACUGGGUGCACUCUUUGAUCCGUCGAACAAGCUGGGCCACUUCAAUCACUCCAACUGGGAGAUGGAUCUAAUGUUCAACUACCUGUCGGAACUGAUGUACAUGCCCCUGCUGUUCGAUUGCGUCCUCGGAAGCUCAAUGUUCAAAACGUACUGGAAGUUUUACGUGAAACAGAUGCGAGCACUGAAAAUGAACCCAAAAAAGCUGUCGAAGCCGGUCAAGGUCGAUCAGAUUUACGAUUUGAACAAAGCUAUCGAUGAAAUUUCGGCGUGGCUUGAUGAGAAUGCCUAUAAGCACAUGUUGGAAGCCAUGUUCAACGCCAAGCAAAAACUGGUUCUCGAGUCGGCAACGGUUCUGUCGGAAAAGUUCAUGAAAUAUCUCAGACAGCGUUUGGUCGAGGUUGGCAGCUACAAUGCCAAUCUGUCUAGUAUUGAUGAAACUACCAACGUUGUGAAGCUGAACGCCAUGGUAAACUUGUACCAUUAUAUUUUCGUAAGCAUCGACAACAAGGUGAUCAAAAGCUUGAUGGACAUCAAUGAUAAGUUCUGUGGAGUACCGCUGCUAGGAAAGGUGAUGUGGAUUCCGGAUGACUUCUUUCGGAAAUAUGGCCAUAAGUCCAUCCGUGAUUGCGAUCGCAACGAUUACCGAAAGUCACGCGAGGCUGCGCUGAUCUACCGGAAAAAGAGCAUGGUCAAAGAAAUUCUGGUGUACUGCAUCCAGAUAACGAGCUGGUUAGUUCGGACCACGGCUGCAUUCAAAACGACCCAAUACGACACCACGUUGGACACUUUGCGGCAAAAGUGCGGCCUUAUAUUCGAGGGUGUCCAUUAUGCACAGGAGAUAAGUUUUCUGGUGCAAUCGAUAACGUCGCUACAUCUACUGAUGCACGAAUCCAUCAGUCAGCAGAUGUUCCACGCAGUGGGUAAAUUGCUGGAAUAUCUACAAGCCGUUCAGAACUUCUUCGAUACCAACCAGCAAGCCAUUGCGGAAACCAACCAGUUCAUCAUUCAGCAUUUGCAGCAUAAGGUUUUCGUAAUUGUAGCGCAUUCGAAGAAAAAGUUAUUAGCAGACGCCAAACAAGCAAAGCUAAAAAAGAGCGAAAUUUUCAUCGAUAAACUGUCGGCCUUCCACGUGAUAGAGCGCUGUAUGAGUGGACCGGCAAACCGCACUCGCCUAACCAUCGCACGUUUGGCCAUCUCCAUAAGCGAUCCACGACAAACCCUUUCUCCUGAAAGCUUCGAAAAAAUCCGCAUUCUCCUGGAUCAACUCGACAUUCUAGCAAACCUGCAAACUAAGCUUCGAAAUCUUAGCGAUACGCAAUUCCUGUACUGGCAUCAAACGUUCUUUUCCCUGUACGUUUCGGAUUUCUACGAUCACAAUACGGCUCAAAACAACUUGAAGUACUUGCUGCAGUCUGCUUCUACCUGCUGCAACUCAGUUACCCAAGUUGCCUCCGAUGAUACCACGCAGAACGCCGUUGCUGCCCUAUCAAAAAACCAUAGGAAAUCAUUCCAGGAGAAGUUACUACAACAAAUUAGCAACCAUAUUGAAACGUACAUCCGUUUGGACUACUACGGGAAGACUAACCAGAUUGAGCCCUAUAACCCUUUCACCGAUACCACCAUGGCUCUGAGUAACAUCUAUACCCUAGUGAGGAUGGAACCUAUUUUGGUCGGGGGUCAGUACCUCAGCGUGAAGGAACACGUCGAACGCUACCUCAGCAAUACGUACUACACGCUGGCAUCGAUUUCGCAGCACGACUGGAAGAUCUACAAGGAAAUGCGCUGCCACGCGGCUAGCUUUCAGAUCGAAACUAUUGAGGAUCAGCUACCGAAGCAAACGCUGGAGCAAGGACUGGACGUGCUGGAGAUUAUGCACAACAUUGAGCACUUUGUUAGCCACUACGUGUACAAUUUGAACUUCCAGAUCUUUAUCGAGCAGUCGAGUAGCAAUAAUUUCCUGAACACGGUCAACAUUGGGCACAUUGCCAAUUCUUUGCGGCGGCACGGCAAUGGGAUAAUCAACACUACGGUUAACUACACAUUCCAAUUCCUUCGUCAGAAGUUCUUUGCCUUCUCGCACUUCCUUUACGAUGAACAGAUUAAAGCCCGAUUGACCAGUGAUGCCAAAUAUUUCCUGGAAAAUGGCGAGGCGCUCAACCAAACGUACGACUACAACCGUGCCCAUGCUUUCAAUCGCAAGAUUAAGAAUCUGGGUUUAUCGGAAGCAGGCGAAACCUAUAUGGAUCUGUUCAGGAAGUUGAUUUGUCACAUCGGUAACGCCAUGGGAUACGUCCGGAUGAUCCGUUCCGGAGCAUUGCACGAAUGUACGGAGGCUACCGUAUAUUUGCCCAUUAUAGACGGAGAUCUCAAUUUUUCCAAAUUUUGCGAGGAGGAAUCCCUCCAUGAUAUGACAGCCGAGGCGGCAGAGAUCUUGGAAAACGAUAUCAACAAUUUGUGUAAAAAUUAUCGAAUCGAUACCAACUAUUUCCGGUUGUUGGUAAAUGCUUUCCUCACGUUACGUCACGCGGAGAAUAUUCAUUUGCAAAAUUUCUACAUGAUCGUACCGCCUCUAACGAUCAACUUUGUGGAAUACAUUCUGAAAGCGAAAGAGAAAAUCACCAAGAAAGACAAAGUGGGUGCCUUAUUUACCGACGAUGGAUUUGCCAUGGGAAUUGCCUACAUUCUGAAACUCCUGGACCAAACAUCAAAGUUCAACUCCCUACAUUGGUUCCGUUCCGUGAAGAAUAAAUACAACCAAGAAAUCAAAAAACUAGAAACUCAACAACAGCAGUUUGUCAAAACGGCCGACGGUGACAAACUGAUGCAAACGUUCGCUUUGACGCGAAAACGGCUCAAGAUGGUCCAGCAGGAGUUCGAUCUUCUGUUUUGCAAUCUGAGCAGUGCAAAAAUAUUCUUCAACGAUGCUGUGGAUUAAAGGGGUAUGUGAUAUCCUUCGGACCGCCACGAGGUAAAUCUGCAUGCUACAGAGAGGUUAAAUCUCGUCGAUGGACCUUUAUUUCUGAAUAGAACUGAUCCAAAACUAUA